AUGAUUUUUCAUUUUAAAUUUAUCUUUGCAUGGAUCUUACUUAUACCUCAAUUCACAGAUGGCGGAAGUGUCACAUGGUAUGAACCAACUCCGGUGAAGACCACAUUGAAUCCAGCUGAAGUGCUCACCCCUGGCAAGUUACAGGUUAAUGAAGGAUCCUCUGCCAUAUUGAAUUGGAACUACAGUCUGACGUCAAGUUUAGUUUCAGUUCUUUUACAAUUUAAUGGUGAUGGUAUAGUUGUCAUUUCAUCAAAUGGACAAGCUGGUCCUGUUAGUUCUAAUUUUCGGCAACGCUUCAGCGUAAGUUCGACUCCACAAAGCGUUUCUCUGUUGAUCUCUAAAGUGACUACUGCUGACGAUAAGUCAAUCGGAGAAUUUAGCUGUGAGUUGACUGAUCUUGGUGCUGAUAUAUGGAGACGUGAAAUUCAGGUGCAAGUCACAGGAUCACAGUUUUUCGUAACUUGGAACAGAUAUAUGUCCACAGAGGACCUUAUGGUGAAAAACUGUGACCGAGGUCUCAAAAAUGCUGCCCUAGGCCACAGACCGACCCUUAGCGGGUAA